AUGUCUCGUGCCUUGGAUAGCGGGACGAAAGCGUCUCUAAGAUCUGGAGAUCCCACUGCUGCAUAUCAGGCCAUUUCCGACGUCCUGAUGUCGUCAAGGGACGGUCUCUUGGAAAUUGAGAUUCUCGGCCCAACCCAUCUGGGCGCAGGACAAUACGUCGUUCGGGAUGGGAGCGCCGUAGGCAUUCCAAAAAUUGGUCUCGUCAAGGCUUUUUUGGUCGCCAGGAAGCAUUUGAGGGACCACCUCGAUGGCGCUACACCACUGACCGAGGAUGCCGUGCUCGCAGCGACAGCCGUGAUCUUACUCCUUGAUCCAGAAUACCUCACGGCCGCCAACUCCCGCAAGCGUCUUAUACAGCGGCAGCUGUCGCUUGACGGCGAUGCACACUCGAGGCUGCAAAGGGAAAGGCGCUUCGUCGACAGCCUUCUUACGAGCAGAUUACAUAGGCACACAAAGUCGCCUACUCUUUGGAGCCACCGCCGCUGGCUGCUCGGUGAAUUCCAGAAGUUUGGCAUGCCCGUGGAUGCGCUCGGAGACAUCACGACCGUCGUGUUUGUGGCGGGUGAGAGACAUCCACGAAACUACUACGCCUGGUGUCAUGCUCGGCUCUUGGUGAGCCUGGACAAGCGUCCAAACGACCAAGAGAUAUUGGCGGCCGUGAAGACGUGGUGUUUCCAACACCACACUGAUAUCUCCGGCUGGUCGUUCCUCCACUUUCUGCUCCGCCUCGACGACGGGCGGGAUACUGAGGCUGCCUGUUCGAUAUUCGAUGAAGUCCUGAAGCUGGUCAGCUCACUCAGCCUAGCAAACGAGUCUGUCUGGGUUUUCCUUCGGACUCUGGCAGCGUCAGGCCUAGUAGGAGAUAAGCAAUUCGCCCAGCUCGUCGACAUUCAGCAAAGCCUUCUCGGCACGUUGAACACCCUAACAGACCAGGCAGUGCUGCAGGCCGCCGUGGAUUGGUGUCAAACAUACCGCUACAGGACGUGA